AUGGAGAGAAGACUCAGCCGGCUGCUCCUCGUCAGCGUUGGGCUGCUGUGCGUCAUCCAAGCCAUUCUCAAAGUUUAUCUGCGCCUGGCAUGUGAGUAUGCUUUCUUCCUGUUGUUAUACUCGACCCACUCGGACCGCAACACAACUCAUGACAUGACCAAGGACCUGGAGGAGAAGUGGAGGCUGAAGACCGAAUAUUUCAGCAGUAGUUUCUACUUCGUUUCCUCCAUGACGGCGACCUGGCAGGCGAGUAGAGAUGAGUGUCUUCAACAGGGAGCAGACCUGGUGGUCAUCAACAGCAAGGAAGAACAGGCUUUCCUGACUAAGUUUGGGGCGCGGCUGUCGAUCGGCCUAACGGACUCGGAGACAGAGGGGACCUGGACAUGGGUGGACGGGACUCCGCUGAAAACGAGCUACUGGCAUUCGGAGGAGCCCAACGGUGGGCCCGCUGAAAACCGUGUGGAAAUCCUCUCUGUUGAUUCACAACACAACUGGAAUAAUAACUGUCUUGUUGGAUUCAUCUGGGACAACGCUCCAUGCCACACAGCCAGGUCAAUCAAGGUGUGGAUGGAGGAACACCAGAUCAAGACCCUGUCAUGGAACAUCCACCAACAGCAAUGUGAGAUACUGGUGGACACAAGCCAAGACGCAUGGACGCUGAGAGACUGGUGGACAUGCAAAGACGCAUGGACGCUGAGAGACUGGUGGACAUGCCAAGACGCAUAG